CCGUGAGCACACUAUGUGGUCAUCACCAGCGGUUGCGGGAGCUUCGCUUUCUCCUCCUUCGUCUUCUUCUUUAGACAACGUCGUCGUCAGGCGCGGCGUCGCCUGACGCUGGACUGCUGGAGCGAGACGGCGAUGGAGGCGAUCCCUUUCCCCGCCAGCAGCCAUGGCCUCCGGAUGCUCACCUGCGGCAGAAGAAAACCCUUCCUCCGACCCCUCCAUUACUUCCCUCUCCCUCGUUCCCCGCUCUACCGCUCCGCCCCUUCCUCUCGCCUCCACUAUCGCCCUAUCAUUGGUUCAUUCGAGAAGAGUCGCGACUCUCACCACCUUGACGACGACCAUAAUGAUCAUGACCAUAAUCAUCAUCAUCAUCACCAUCAUGACCACCACCACCACCACCACCACCACCAUCCUCAUGCGGGUAGUGGGAAGCGGAAUGCUCUGCAGGAAGCCAUCAUCCGAUUUUCGAGGGUGACCGGAUGGGCAAGACUGGCGGAUUUCUUGCGGGAGAACAUCUGGAUGUGCUGUUCUUCUAUGGCUCUUCUUCUUUUCGCUGCAGCCUGCCCGCACGUCCUCCCGAGCUCGUCCACAAAGAAGCUGCAGAACGUUCUUCUAGCUGCAGCCUUUCCUCUAGUUGGGAUUUCUGCGGCACUUGAUGCUGCAAAUGAUAUUGCUGGUGGGAAGGUGAAUAUCCAUGUCCUAAUGGCACUUGCAGCAUUUGCAUCGGUAUUCAUGGGAAACUCUUUGGAGGGUGGAUUGCUUCUUGCAAUGUUUAAUCUUGCACAUAUUGCUGAAGAUUAUUUUACCGGCCGUGCUAUGGUUGAUGUUAAGGAAUUGAAGGAAAACAAUCCUGAGUUUGCUCUGCUAUUGGAUAUAAAGAAUGGAAAUCCAGCUAUCUCAUCAUUGACAUACAAACAAGUUCCUGUACAGGAUCUGGAAGUCGGUUCUUACAUCUUGGUCAGGGCGGGUGAGGCUGUGCCAGUAGAUGGAGAAGUUUUUCAAGGCAGAUCAACAGUUACCGUUGAGCAUUUGACUGGAGAAUCUAAACCACUUGAGAAGAAAAUGGGGGAUUGCAUUCCUGGUGGUGCAAGGAACUUGGAUGGGAUGCUGAUUGUCAAGGUAGCCAAGACAUGGAAAGAGUCAACUUUGGCCAGGAUAGUACAGCUUACUCAAGAAGCACAUCUAAAUAAACCAAAACUACAGAGGUGGUUAGAUGAGUUUGGAGAGCGGUACAGCCAGGCUGUUGUGGCUUUAUCACUUGCAAUUGCCUUCAUAGGUCCAUUUGUUUUCAGGUGGCCCUUCUUCAGUACAUCAGUUUGCAGAGGGUCUGUGUACAGGGCUUUGGGUCUCAUGGUUGCUGCAUCUCCUUGUGCAUUGGCUGUAGCACCUUUAGCAUAUGCAACUGCAAUUAGUGCUUGUGCAAGUAAGGGUAUCUUGCUGAAGGGUGGACAUGUGUUAGAUGCCCUUGCGUCCUGUCACACUGUUGCAUUUGAUAAAACUGGGACCUUGACAACAGGGGAGCUUACUUGUAAGGCAAUUGAGCCCAUCCAUGGCCAUAGUUUGAUGAUUGAUGAAGCAGUGGGGCCAUCUUGUUGCGUUCCUAACUGUGAAAAAGAAGCUCUUGCCGUAGCAGCAGCAAUGGAAAAGGGAACUACACAUCCCAUUGGGAGAGCUGUAAUUGAUCACAGUAUUGGGCAAGUUCUACCUCAUGUUUCUAUUGAAAGUUUUGAGUCACUUCCUGGCCAGGGUCUUUUUGCAACAUUGACAGGUCUCAAGUCAGAUGAUAAAGGAAGAGGGCUGCUGAAGGCAUCACUUGGUUCUGUAGAAUAUAUCGCAUCAUUAUGCAAAUCUAGAUCCGAGUCAGACGAAAUAAAGGAUGCUGUUAAUGCAUCUGUUUAUGGUGGAGAUUUUGUGCAUGCUGCACUGUCUGUAGACAGGAAGGUAACACUAUUCCAUUUUGAGGACAAACCUCGACCUGGUGUAGAAAAAGUUAUAGCUGCACUUCGGGAUCAAGCAAGGCUUCGCUUGAUGAUGCUAACAGGUGACCAUGCUUCCAGCGCAUGGAGAGUUGCCAACUCUGUCGGUAUUGAGGAGGUGUAUAGCAGUUUGAAGCCUGAAGAUAAACUAAAUAGAGUUAAAACCUUCUCAAGGGAUACUGAUGGAGGUCUGAUAAUGGUAGGUGAUGGCAUUAAUGAUGCGCCUGCCUUAGCUGCUGCGACAGUGGGAAUUGUGUUUGCACAGCGCGCGAGUGCUACUGCUGUGGCUGUUGCAGAUGUUCUUCUAUUGCAGGAUAAUAUAGCUGCUGUACCAUUUGUUAUUGCUAAAGCCAGACAAACUACCCUAUUGGUGAAGCAAAGCGUUGUACUUGCACUAUCAUGCAUUAUAUUGGCUUCUCUUCCUUCCGUCUUGGGUUUUCUUCCAUUGUGGUUGACGGUUCUUUUGCAUGAAGGUGGCACUCUUCUUGUUUGUCUGAAUUCAGUGCGUGCUUUGAAUGUCCCCACUUGGUCAUGGAAACAUGAUUUGCAACUCAUGCUGGAUGGCCUUAAGGGUUUCGUUGCUGGUUUGCUGAAGGUGUCACCUACGUCAGCCAGUGUUGGCACAGCCUCAUUGUAGAUUUAUCCCAAAUUUGGAGUUGUAUGGCGGUUGAUUUUAUGUACUGAGGACGUAAUCACAGUGGAAGUGGCUGAAGCUGCCAGUCUUGAAAAUUCAUGUGAAUGUAACAAAAACGUAACAUCAUCAACAGCUUAUCAUUGUAAUUUUGUUAAUUUGUAAGUAAGCUCAAUAUCUUCAUUGAUUCA